AUAGGUAGGUCUGACUGAGAGGUACUAGAGUCUAUAUCACUGUGGCAAUCAGCUGCAGCAUUGCGUUUAGCUUUAGUAGAUAGCAUCAUUGGAACCUAACCAGGCAUGUUUUCCCGACACCGGAGGUAUAAAUAUUUUGAUUGUUGCUAGCAUACCGUUUUCCGCGAGACCGAAUAGAGCGUAAAAUAGCAAAAGUGCAUUGUGUGACAGCCUGCCGGGAAAGGGAGCUAACUUUCCAAUAUUCGUAAUCAAUGUCGUCAGGCAAGUUAGUGAAGUAGUUGUGAGGUUCCAUGACCGCUGACGGGUGCAUUAUACCCAGGGUUUAAUACGGGUAUAUAAUACUAUAUAUGACGGAUAAAGGAUUAAAACCAGGAUUAUAGAAAGCUCAUCAGUAAUAUCAUGCCGACCAACUACAGAGGGCAAAAAUACUCGUCGAUCCGGAGCGAGCACGUUAAAGCCGGAACGCUGUUCGAGGACCCGGAAUUUAAAAUCAACAACAAAUCACUCUUCUUUAGUAAGAUUGAUCAGGAUAUCGAAUGGAAAAGACCCAGGGAACUGUGUAAAGUACCUAAACUGGUGGUCGAGGGUGUCAGCUGUGAUGAUCUUAACCAAGGGGAGUUAGGGAAUGCCUGGUUUGUCACCGCGUGCGCCAGCCUCGCUCUAGAAAAGAAACUAUUCGAAAGGGUGGUUCCCAAUGUGAAGGAACAGGACUGGAAUGAACGGGAGGAGAAGAAUACAUAUGGCGGUGUUUUCCACUUUGUGUUCUGGCGUUAUGGUGAAUGGAUUGACGUUGUAGUGGAUGACAGGCUUCCUACCAAAAAUGGAAAAUUGGUCUUCUGUCACUCAAAGUCCCGCAACGAGUUCUGGUCCGCUCUGCUGGAAAAGGCAUACGCUAAGCUGUAUGGCGACUAUGAAUCUCUCAAUUCUGGCCGAGCGGCCGACGCACUGGUGGACUUUACAAGCGGGGUCGCGGAGAAGCUUGUCAUGUCCAGAAUUAACAUCAGUGACAAGAACAUCAAGAAACAGCUUUUCCUGAAACUCAAGGACGCCUCCGACAACAGGGCACUCAUGAACUGCAAUAUUGAUUGUCAAAGGACGGAGGUAGGUAAGGAGACGCCCCAGGGCCUGGUUCUAGGCCACGGAUACAAUAUCACCAAGGUAGCAGAGAUCAUAGUAGAAAAGAAACUACAGGGGGCUGUGGGGAGUCCUGUAUUACACAUGGUGCGCAUGGCCAACCCCUGGGGAACCAAGGAGUGGACUGGAGCGUGGUCUGAUGAUGCUCCGGAAUGGAACAAAAUCAAUCGAUCAGAAUGGCACAAAAUUGGUUUGAAGUUUGAGCAAGAAGGGGAAUUUUGGAUGAAUUUUGACGAUUUUGUGAUUAACUUUACAAAUGUUGACGUAUGUCAUUUUGUGAACACGGCCAUAUUCAGCAUUAAGAAAACCUGGAAUGAAUCUGUGUUUCACGGAGAGUGGACAGUAUCGGGAAGGAAUGGUGGAAAUGACUACAACGGCCCAACAUUUCUUAGUAACCCACAGUACGUGUUUGAUGUUGCUGGAAUCAACGACAAUGUAAUGUUCUCACUGGAGCAACAAGACAUCGUCCAAGGGCAAGAGUUCGGCCGCAAACUCAACAAAAUCGGCUUCCAGCUGAUGAAGGUGGAAGAAAACCGAAAAUUCCGAGUUCAUAUACCGGGAGAGAAAAUGUACUGUUCGGAAUACCUCGCCGAUCGUAGUAUAUACGGUAUAGUGAGGUUAAAGAAAGGUCGAUAUGUUGUUUUACCUACGACGACGGACUCUAGAGAGUUGGGCCCAUACAUGCUGCGGAUGUACACGGGAAGUAAGGCCACUGCGAGUGGAAAGUUCUCCUCACCCAGAGAGCUGGAAAAGGAGUGUCCUUCCACAGGCUGUCCGUGUACGGCUAACCAUAAAGUAGUCACAACCAUACAUGUGACUGGGGCAGAAGGAUUGGAACUCCCCGCAGGUUCAAAGGUCAAAACAAUCGACGCAUUCGUCAUUAUCAGAUGUGAAGGCGAGAAGGUGAUAUCACAGACCUGUCCCAACAGUGCCAAACCAGACUGGGAAAUCAAGGCCACGUUCUAUAGGAAAAAACCCGAGGUUCCUAUUCUAGUGGAGGUAUGGAACGACAACGUGCUUAUAGACGACUGUUUGGGAGAGGCCAAUGUGUCGGAGGAGGGGUCAGAGGAGGGCGGGACAAUGACGGUUGAUAUUAUGGGCAGAAAGAAAGAAAAGGAGAUCCACAAAGGCAAACUUCACAUAUUUCUUCGUUCUAGUCACGACUUACAGUAUUUGUGAGGACCGUAGGCCUUCCGGCAUGUUUACAUGUACUUGUAUCAUAUGUGUGUUGGGGGUGGGGGUGGGGGUGCUAUCAUGUUCUACGGUUUUCAGUUGUUUUGAGAAUACUCCUGAUUUGCAUUAAUAAUGUGAUAGGCGGCAUUUUUCAUUUGGUUUAUAAUUAGUAUGUAAGUAGAACUAAUGUAUUUGUCAAAUGGGGUAUCAAUUAUUUUCUACAUUCAGAAAACAAUAAAUGAACAUGUUUAAAUGUUUUAGUUUUAGCCUAAUACAGAAUAUAACAAUUUCAUAUAUAUAAUAUAUAUCUAUACAUAUAUGGUAAAUUGUUGUUAAACAUCUGAAAAAGAAAUGAAAGUGCUUAUGUUUUACAACUUACCGGGUUUCCAGUCUUAUAACGUUUUCUAUAUCUCUCUCUAUAUAUAUAUAUAUUGGGAAGGAUUAUGGUGUUUUUUCUAUACAUGAUCUUCAUGAUAUUUCGAUAAAGCAUGACAUACGUCCUUAACUUAAUUGUCUGUUUCGCUGUCAGCAUUUGUUUUAUCCUGACUCGAAACUUGAAUUUAAAUGUAGUUUACGUAAAGAAUGUCAGUGUAGUCCGAUCCGUGAUGGAAAGAACAAAAGUAAAUUACAUGAUGGAAAUCAAAUUAUGUUUACUUUGAUACAGUUUCUCAAAACGUGCUCAAUUCAUAUUAAAUUAAUCGAUAUUUUGCAGGCAAUAUUAUAAGACCACAUUUCAAGAUAGAAAAGGAGAUAUAUUUUUUUUCAUUUUUUUUUAUAAAGUGCUAUAUGUUUACAUUGUUAUGCCAAAUUUGUGUUUAUUGAUUAUUUCAAACUUACAUAUAUGGAAAUUGAAUUUUUUAUAUAUUGUAUAUACAUAUAUAUCAUGCAAUUACCGUUAUGAUAUGCUGUAGUAUACAUCCCGAUAGGCUUACACUCGAUCUAUUUAUAGAAAGUUAUCCAUUGUCGACUUACCUCUAUUUUCUCAUUGUGUGUCAGUUGAACUGAUCUUGAUUUUUUAAUGUCUAUUCCGUCCAUCUUUGAUGUUUAUUGCUAUUUUUACAUAUUUUAUAUUUACAGUUGACCCCCUUAUCUCGAGAUCAAUAGGGUCAUGAGUAAACCAAUAAUAUUCUAUAUAGAAUAUUUACUUUAGGAACUGAAUUUUUACUUCGAAUUAUCCGAGUUAUCAGUGUGUCCAGAUAACGCACUUUGACUGUAUAUCGUAUUUUUUAUUGCUUCCGACAAAUGUCAAGUGUCCACAGUGAUGCAAUAAAUUUCAUAUACAUUGAACUGAAAACUCCAGAGCAUUUCAUAUAAAGCCAUAUUAUAAUGGCCUAGGUCUCCACUAUAAGCUGUUUCUGUGAUACCACGUGAUAUAUUGUUUGUAAAUAUCAAUUACUCACCAUUACAUAUUUAUAGUGUUGUAUUUCAUCCGGUUUUAAUGUAAAUAUUAUUUCUAUUAUUGCUGUAUUUUGUAUACACGAGUGUAUAUAUUAUAUGGCGUUUACUUUUCAAGACUUAUUUAUCGUUUAGAAAACGUAUUCAAUUAAGUUUUGAAGUACACGUCAAUAAUGUUUAUUAAGAUAGACACCAUGCACGCUUUUAAGUGCUGUUUUUAACAUGCUGAAUUUAAACCAUACGACUUUAUUCAGAUCGGUGUACAUAUGACAAUAAAUUGUCUAACAAUGUACAUUUCCUUGGCCGUGUCUGAGGAGUACUUAAUCAGUCUCCUUGGUAACGGUGUUGUACUGAAUUGGAAUGAAGAAGUUGCUUUCGGAUCAUGUCCAUAACUAACUGUCAAGCCUUAAUUUUUAAAAAAAAAUCUUGUUCAUACAAUAUAACCGAUCCUGUGACAUCAGAUCACAAUUUUUAAUCUAAUUGAAACAAUGGGACAAAUUUUACUUGGUUUACAUAUACAUUGAGUUGUAACUUUGCAUAUCACUAAUUACCUCAAUGACUCGCACAACUAAAUAUUUUACUCUAUGUUAGAACUAGUUACUCCAUCCCCUAAAUCGCUCUUUUAAAGUUCAAAUGAUGUGAAAUAUAUAUCAAAUUAAAGUUUGAAGUAUCUGUUACCUGAGAAAUAUGUUAUCGUAAAGGUUUAAUGGCAUUUGGGUUCAUGGGUACUCGUAAACAGUGACACUGAUGUUUACCGUAGACAGGGGAACGCCCACCUGUUGAAUUCUCGCCCAGUUGAUUGGUUGAUUUAGUUGUGUGAGUCCUCUACGUAGAGUUAUUUUCGUCUUAUAUUUAGUCUCUACUAAUGCUCAAUGUGUUAUUUUAAAAUGCGAUAUUGAUGAUUAAAAGCGAAUUUUUGUUAAUGUUUUCGUUUUGAUGUUUACCUGAUAUAAACUUUGGUCAUGUCUUAAGAUUGGAUAUCGAAAUAUUUCCUAUCUUAUAAAUAUAUAUCAGAGCCCAAGUUCACACCUAUGUUGUGAGCUUAAUACAAUGUACUGCCACAAUAGGAAUUAAUUAGGCUCUGUCUGGAACCCAGAGCGGUUUAUGUAUAUAUCUCGAAAUUAUACUUACAUACAAUGUUCUUGCAGUCAUUUCUGAUAAAGAGGUUGGUUUGUACUUAGAGAAAUAAAGCAAUAUACACUUCAAACACAUUAUAUGUUUUAAUGAUAAGAAUGUUGUUUUUGUCUAACAUCACAGAAACAAAUACUGUCUCAUUAAGUAUCUUAUGUCUGUUCUUUUUUUCCUUUUAUACGUGUGAACAACGUUUACUAGUGACUGUGAUAAGAACUUAUUAGAUGUUGAUUUAUUUCCAGGACGUAUGUCUCAUGACAUUAGAUAUAUAUUAUUCAAAAACACUUCCAUAAAUACAAUUAGGCAGAUAUUUUGAAAAGUAUAAACAUCUGUGGAAGUGAAAUGUAUUAUACUGUCUGUUUUCAAAUCCUUCCUUGAAGAUAAUUCUUAUAUUUGCAUAAUAAAACAUCUUAAACCA